AUGUCCUUCAACGAAACGUCAUACAACUCGCAAAACAACAGGGCCCAGGUCAAACUGCCACCGAUCUCGUUCCUGUCGGGGAAUUAUGAGAACAAGGACAAGGAGACCGAGAAACGGACGGCCCCGGCCGCCAAUCAAUUACCCUCGUUGUCUUCGAUCAACUCGUCAGAGUUCCAACUCCCGUCCAUCUCCUCCCUCACUCCGGCCAGCGACUCUAUAAAGCUGCCGUCCAUCAAGCUGAGCAACGCGUCGGAAUCCCCGGGCGACCAGAAACCGCCAUCCUGGAACUCGGCCUCGCCGCCUGCCAGGAACAGCAACUCUCCGUCCUCCCAACAGGAGACAGGUCCCGUGGCCAGCCAGCCUAAGGACGCAGACGCGGACAAGCAGGGCCAUCAUCACCACCAUAUCCACGAAGACUUGUCGGUGCAGCUCAAGGAGGCCCAACAGCACCUGAAAUCGGGUGGUCAUAUCCACGUUGUGCACCAGCCGCACGGGAACCACCACCACCACAAGAUCCUGAUCCAUAACCCGAACGAGACCCCAGCCGACGUUGUGCAGCCCCAGGGAAACGAUACCACGAUCAUCCAGAAUGACUCGACCAUCAUCGACCCCAACGCGACAGUGCCACAAGAAACGUCAUUGGUGCAGGCACCGUCUCCAAAACCCGCCCCAGUGGAAACCCGCAGAGAGUUCAAGCCACGCGAAAUCACUAUCGAUUCCAAGGAAACGCUUCUUCUUGCCGCCUCGUUCCCUAGAAAACACCUGGGGUCCAUAAUAUACCAGGAGUACCCUACCAAGGAAACGAGGUGCAUGUACCUGGAAAACAUCGACCCGGUGCACCAGCAGGAGGAUUUCCACAUCCCAAACCAGCUGGUGUCGAAACGCAUCGAGCUGUUGCCGGCCUAUUUUGCCAACUACAUCAACUGCACAGUGGAUAUUCGCAUUCCGUACAAGUCGAUACCCGACAACAUCAACGUGUUCGACCGCCGAAUCUGGGGAACAGACAUCUACACGGACGACUCCGACAUCGUGGCGAUCCUGUACCAUUGCGGCGUGCUGCAGUCUGCAGACCCAACGGGGGCUGACGACAAUGACAGCACCCGUGCACCGGAAAAGAGCGAAAAAUCCGGGGAAUCUGAGCAAGAUAAGGAAAGUGGGGCGGUGCCGUUUUCAAGCCAUACUGGAGCCAUAACUCCAGGAAACUUGGACAACAUACACAACGUGAGCAAGCCGGACGUGAAUCCUGACGAGGCGAACGAUCUGGUGGUGACUUUGAUCAUUUUGCCGCGGCUCGGGGUGUAUCAAGGCAGCUACAGAAACCACUACAAUUCGCGGACUUGGGGGCAGAACGGGGCUUAUCACAACGGAGUUUCUAUUGCGCUUUACGGAGUUAGAUGGUGUCGGCUCGGAGGCUCGUACGACGGGUUGAACACGGGCUCGUUCCGCAAAAGACUCUUGAACGAGCGGAUGGAGGUGUCGCAGAAGCUGCUCAAGACAUCGCAACCAAACGACAGUGUUUCCGGAUGGACUGUGGAUCGCAAAUUUUAUAAAGAGUUUAAGUAG